CGCCAUGAGAGCCACCCGUCCAUCCCCCCCGCCACUGCUAGAGCCAAGGGGAACUCGGCGCGGGUAGAUAGACCCUUCUGUCGCCCCAAUGAACAACGCCACCUUCAACGCCACCGCCCAGCCGGGCGCGUUGCCCCCGUUGCCCGGCGCCAAGCUAGGGCUGACCGUGCUCUCCUUGGCCUUCAUCCUGGGCUUCCCGGGCAACGUCUUCGUGGUGUGGAGCGCUCUCUGUCGUGUCCAGAAGAGGACGAUCACCUGCCUCCUCAUCCUCCACCUGGCCGUGGCCGACUGUGCCGUGCUGCUCACUUCCCCUUUCUUCCUUCGGCUCCUGAGCGCCGGGAAGUGGGAGUUCGGCCCCGUGGUCUGCCAGCUGUGCCACUAUGUCUGCGGUGUCAGCAUGUACGCCAGCAUCUCGCUCAUCACCCUUAUGAGCCUGGACCGCUGCUUAGCUGUCACUAUGCCCUUCAUCUCCCAGAAGAUCCGGACGGCCAUGGUGGUCAGGUCCUUGGUCUUGGCCAUCUGGAUGGUCUCUUUCCUCCUUGCCGUGCCGAUCAUUUUCUACCGCAAGCUGGUGCUUAGGGGCAGGCACCUUCUCUGUGACUUGUCCCAUCCCAGCAUUGGCCACCUUGUCUUCCACAACCUUUUUGAGACCCUGACCGGCUUUGUGCUGCCCUUUGCUGCCAUCAUUUGGAGCUACUGCGUCAUCGGGCGCAGGCUGCAGGACACCCGCUUCCGGAGGAAGCGCCGCACCAACCGGCUCAUUGUGCUGAUUGUGGCCGCCUUCGCCCUUUUCUGGCUGCCCUUCCACGUGGUGAACAUCCUAGAUGUGGCUGGGGCGCUGACCCACUCCAAGGGACUCAUCAUGGCCGGGAAGAUGGCCCGGCCCACCCUGACGGCCCUGGCUUUCUUCAGCAGCAGCGUCAACCCCAUCCUCUAUGCCUUCACCGGUGGUGCCUUGAUCAAGUCAGCCGGCAUAGGCUUCAUGGCCAAGCUCUUUGAGGGGACAGCCUCAGAGAUGUCCAGCACGCGGCAGGGGACGGGGCGGACCAUCCAGCGACGUGAGGAGGCCAAGUUGGAGAUGGUGCAGGAUGGGAAGCCAGAGAGCAUCACCCUUUCCACCAACCCGCUGGAAUAGCCCUCGGCCAUGUGGGACAGGCACUCCGACAAUCCCACUGCAUCCACCAACACCCUGGACUAGCACUAAGGCACGUGGGACAGGAGCUGCAACAAUCCCACCUCAUCCACCAACACCCUGGACUAGCCCUGGGACCAUGUGGGAUGGGAACUCCCCAAAAUCCCACCACAUCCAUCAACACCCUGGGUUUGCCCUGUGUCCGCGUGGAACAAGAAUAGGAAAAAUCUUCCUGGGAGGCCCAGAAGAUGGUGCAAGGCCCCAGCUGACUCCUUCAUGGAGUGAUGGUGAAACUAUCAAGAAUUUGCUGGGACACUGCUCACUUGCUUCGUAUUUGGGGGUUGUCCUGGUCUGAACAACCUGCCCGCAACACCCAUUUUUCCCUUCCUCACUGGCUGCGACUUUGUGGGAAAAAACCCAGGCUCCAAUAUCUCCACCUUGACAUCACCAGGAACUGGCCCAGCUACACAAGGAGAAUAAUUAGACUUUGUGUAAAUAUGGAAAAGAGACUCGAGCCUGAAUGGGAGUGAAGGUGCUGCCAUUGUUCUGUGGAGAUGAAGUGGCCUGUCUGCUCAGGUGAUGGGGAAGUGAAAGUUGGAGGGGUAGAGAAUGGUUGAGGAACAGAGGCAGGUGGUGGGGGAAGAGACGGAGAGAAACAGGGUGAGGGCAAGAGGGAUGGAGGGAACAUUGAGAGGCUGAGGCUGGGCGAGUCCAUGUCUUCAGGAAGUUACAAGAGGUGCUUGAGGCUGCACUGACUCCCACCCGAGAGCAGGGCCCCCAUUGUGCCAGGCACUGCACAAACCCACAGUGAGACAGCCCCUGCUUCUAGGAACUAGCAGUGUAAAUGGGCAAAGACAGGAUUAUUAUCCCUAUUUUGCAAAUGGGGAAACUGAGGCAUGUGGGAGGUGCAGCGACUUGUCCAAGGUGAUAUAGGGAGUCUAGGGCAGAGCAAGGAACAGCAUGCGGGUGUCUAGGGACCCAGUCCAGGGGCCUGAACCACAAGAACAUCCUUCCCCAAAUCUAUUUUCACAGCCAGAUACAAAGGGAAUCUGGGAGUUCACCAGGGAGCUUUCCUAGCUCCCAUCUGAGGUGUGGGGUUGGCUGCUCCCAGUGGCCAGCUAGGGUACGACAAGCCAUCGUUCCACAGUGACGCCACUAGGAGCAGCUAUUUUAAGCUUGGGCACCUGCUCUGAGCCAGCGUAGUAAGUAUGCGAGUCAACCCCGCUAGGGGGCGCCAGGCCAGCUCAGAGCCAGCCCCGACUGGGCGGGGGGACGACCAGCUGGCGUAGUGGGUGGGGAAUGGGACACACGGCCCGUCCCCGCUAGGGGGCACCAGGCCAGCUCAGAGCCAGCCCCGACUGGGCGGGGGGACGACCGGCUGGCGUAGCGGGUGGGGAAUGGGACACACGGCCCGUCCCCGCUAGGGGGCGCCAGGCCAGCUCAGAGCCAGCCCCGACUGGGCGGGGGGACGACCGGCUGGCGUAGCGGGUGGGGAAUGGGACACACGGCCCGUCCCCGCUAGGGGGCGCCAGGCCAGCUGAGAGCCAGCCCCGACUGGGCGGGGGGACGACCGGCUGGUGUAGUGGGUGGGGAAUGGGACACACGGCCCGUCCCCGCUAGGGGGCGCUGGCUCCAACCCAACCCCUCAGCAGGCGAAUUCACCUCUGUGUUAUUUUGCUUGAUUAAAGGAGUUUCUGUGUAGCCUGUUACCGGGGCUGGCCCAGGGAAGCUGUGAAUCCUUCACACCUGCCGUAGCGUUCUCGUUGGUUCUGGUGGCCUGAGCCAUUAGCCCCACUUGCCCCUGCUGCUGCCCCCUGCUGGAGGAAUUGAGCCCUGCUGUGUGAUGUGUGUGGGUUUGUCCUGCUGCAGGGGAUCAGACCUGCAGAGAGAGAGAGAGAGAGAAAGAGAGUGAGUGUGUGUGUGUGUGUGUCUGUGUCCCUGCCACCCCUUGCUUGCGGGGGGGCGGGGGAGAGGGACCUGCUCAGUGUGUGUGCGGCGAGUAACAAAAAGCCACAGAGACACUGUUUACAAAUCAGUAAUGCUGCAUAUUCCUACGUGACCUUAAAUAGAAUAAUUACAGCCACAAACAACUCCGUGAAAAGACCAUUACCAAAGUCAGUUUUGCACAGGCCCCUGAAUUUGGGCAUUUCCUCCCUUGGGCGUGCUCAGCUUUGUAACCUUAAUAAUAUUCUUUUAAUGUAGCUUGUGUGGGUGAUUUCCUGGGUUUUUACAAAAGCGAACUGGAAAAAUAAAAACCCACAGAGAAAUCCUCUCAUGUGCUGGUAUACUGACACCCACAUGGCUUCUCAGCAGGGCUGAAAUCACUGGAUCCACCACACAGAGUGGCAGAAUAACUGGUAGCAGUAGUAGGUUGUCAUCCUCUAUGUGGUCCUGCACUCGAGGGGAACGAGCGUGGGUUGCACAGCUGUUUGUUCCUGUGCCAGUGCCUCGUCUGCACUC